AUGGCGACCAACGACCACAUCCUCACUCUGUCCUGCCCCGAUCGCCCCGGCAUCGUCCACGCCGUCACCGGCGUCUUUGCCUCUCACGGGCACAACGUCCUGGACCUGCAGCAGUUCAGCGACCCCGCGUCGGAGCGCUUCUUCAUGCGCGUGCACUUUGGCCCUGCGCCCGCGGCGGAGGGCGUUGACGCCACCUCCACGGCACACCUCGAACCGGCCUUUGCGGCGCUGGCGGCCGAGUACAAGAUGGAGUACGACGUUCGCCCUGCGGCGCGCAAGAUGCGCGUGCUGCUGCUGGUGUCCAAGAUUGGGCACUGCCUCAACGACCUCCUCUUCCGCAUGAAGACUGGUCAGCUACAGAUUGAGGUCCCCCUCAUCGUCUCCAACCACCCCGAGUUUGCCGCGCUCGCCAAGAGCUACGACAUUCCGUUCCUGCACCUGCCGGUGACCAAGGACACCAAGGCGCAGCAGGAGACGCAGAUCCUCGAGCUCAUCCGGCAGCACGACGUCGAGCUGGUCGUGCUCGCGCGGUACAUGCAGGUGCUCUCGCCGAUGCUGUGCAGCGCCAUGAGCGGGCGCAUCAUCAACAUCCACCACUCGUUCCUGCCGUCGUUCAAGGGCGCCAAGCCGUACCACCAGGCCUACGAGCGCGGCGUCAAGAUCAUCGGCGCCACCGCGCACUUUGUCACGGCCGACCUCGACGAGGGCCCCAUCAUCGAGCAGCGCGUCACCCGCGUCGACCACGUCAUGGGCCCGAAGCAGCUGACCGAGGAGGGGUCCAACAUUGAGAGCCAGGUGCUGGCCGCGGCCGUCAAGUGGUAUGCGGACCGGAGGGUGUUUCUGAAUGGCCACAAGACGGUCGUGUUCAACUAG